AUGCUGCCCAAGGACGGAUCCGCUAAGCCUCCGGGUUCGAGCUGCACCAGCUCUGAUCAAAAGCCCCAGAUGCGUAGUGUCGACGCUUCUCUGGGUUCCCGUGAGAACAGUCACCUUGCAGCCUUUGUGUGCGCGGCAACUGGACCGGUCUCGAACCACUGUGACCCUAAUUGGCCUUCGCAAAGCUACCAGCAGCACGUCAAACAACCCGAGGAACGGCCUGGUACUCCUGAAGGGGUGACCUUCGAGGAUGACCAUGUGUUCCUUCGUGGCUCUAACCUGGAGAACAGCGAGCACUAA